AUGGACAGCAAUCUCCCCUUCGACCAAGCCGUUCAAAUCGUCCUCAACAUCGAGAGGACGAAGGCCGAGGCCAAGGAGCUGACCAUUGCCACAGAACAGCAAUCGACAUGCCACGUCGCCCAUAACGUUCAGAAGGUCGACUAUCACCGACAGUUGCCUCGUGGACCUUCGUCCUCCCGUAAGCCGUCGGGAUGGAACUUUCCGCCUCAGCGUAAUACGCGGCACAGUUCACCGUUCCAUCAAGCGUCAAACGGAACUCUAGUGGCGACUAUCGUUCCGUCUGGACGGAACGCUAGCCACACUUUUUGCGAAGACAGUCAGACAUCGCUGCAGUACCACUUCCGGAGGGCGCACAACACCGUGUCCAACAUUGUGGCAGACGUAUGUCCUGCAAUCUACAGUGUCCUCAGGGAUGAUUUCCUAAAGGUGCCCAGUAGUCCUGCAGAGUGGAAGGCCGUUGCGCAGGGCUACCAGGACCUGUGGCAGUUUCCGCAUUGCGUUGGUGCACUGGAUGGGAAACACGUUGCCCUGGUGCCACCACAUGAGACUGGGGCACAGUUCCGAAACUACAAAGGAUUCUUCAGCAUUGUUUUGAUGGCACUGGUGGAUGCAGACUUAAACUUCAUAUUUGUAGAUGUCGGCCGAAAUGGUCGUAUGAACGACAGCGGCAUCUGGGGUGCCUGCAAGCUUAAGGAGACUCUGGAGAGGCAACCCUCCAUACUUCCGGAUGCCGAACUGCUUCCUAGGUCAAGAGACUCGGCACCCUACGUCAUUGUGGGGGAUGAAGGCUUUGGGCUAAAACCCUACUUGAUGAGACCGUACCCUGCAGCUGAGCUCACCACUGACAAGCGGCUGUUUAACUACAGGCUUUCACGUGCCCGCCGCACGUCUGAGAAUGCCUUCGGAGUGCUUGUGAACCGAUGGCAAAUCUACCGGUCUCCCCUUCGCCAUGACCCAAAGCGAGCCACUGACAUCGUUCUGGCCACAGUGGCUCUCCACAACUUCCUCCGGUCAAAGCGGAUAACUCGGCAGCUGUAUACCCCACAGGACAGCUUGGAUGUCGAAGACAUCUUGACUGGCAAUGUGCGAAAUGGAUCAUGGAGACAGGGGGUGACUCCCGCUGGUGCCAUGAGACAGUUCCGAAGAGGCGGAAGCAACUCCAGUGACACUGCCAAGGCAGUGCGCAACUUGUUCAUGAACUACUUUGUCAACGAGGGACAAGUGAGCUGGCAGUGGCGAAUGAUCCCCUAAACAGGCACACUUGGGCGUCCACUGGAACUCCCGGCACCGCUUGUGCUAGCUCCGUCGCUUGAGCCUCUAUGGCAGCUGCUAGGGGCAUUGCCUGGGCUGGGCGCUUGGCUGCAGCUGCUCAGCUCAUCUUCCAAAUCGAGGCUUGAGGGAUCUACAGGAUCGCUCCCUUCCAAGUGCCCCCAAGGGCUGUUGUCAGCUCCCACUUGAGAGCUUCGGCUGUCCUGCGAGCAUGGUUCAGCCUGCAAGUAUGAAAAUGCUUGUAUA